CGCGGCAGAGCAGCGGACGCGGUGCGGCGCGCAGCAUGGAGACUCUGGCGCUGUUAGCGGCAAACGCGCGGAGCGGCAACGGCUCAGAGGUGGAGGCUCACCGGCGGAUGGAGCUGCAGGUGUCCGCCUCUGCCGCUCCGACGGUGGCGAUGGUGACCAAAGCCCCGCACCCCUUCCCCACUGUGGACGUCCCCGACCACGCCCACUACACCAUUGGAUCCGUCAUCCUCGUCAUCGGCAUCACCGGCAUGAUCGGUAACUUCCUUGUCAUCUACGCCUUCAGCAGGAGUCGUAGUCUGAGAACCCCGGCUAACAUGUUCAUCAUUAACCUGGCGAUCACAGACCUGCUCAUGUGCUGCACACAGACGCCAAUCUUCUUCACCACCAGUAUGCACAAGAGGUGGAUCUUUGGAGAGAAAGGCUGCGAGAUAUACGCGUUCUGUGGCGCCCUCUUUGGGAUCUGCUCCAUGAUCACGCUGACGGUGAUCGCCAUCGACCGCUACUUUGUCAUCACGCGACCUUUGACCUCCAUCGGCGUGCUGUCAAAGAAGCGGGCGUUUUUCGUCCUCGUGGCGGCCUGGCUGUACUCGCUGGGCUGGAGUCUGCCACCGUUCUUUGGCUGGAGUGCUUACGUCCCCGAGGGUCUGCUGACUUCCUGUACGUGGGACUACAUGACGUUCACGCCGUCAGUGCGAGCGUACACCAUGCUGCUCUUCAUCUUCGUCUUCUUCCUGCCGCUCUUCAUCAUCAUCUACUGCUACGUCUUCAUCUUCCGCGCCAUCCGCACCACCAACCAGGCUGUGGGGAAGAUCAGCGGCAGCAUGCACAGUCACAGCAGCAGUCGUGAUUCGGUGAAGAGUUAUCACCGUCUGCAGAACGAGUGGAAGAUGGCGAAGAUCGCCCUGAUCGUCAUCCUGCUCUACGUCUUCUCCUGGUCGCCGUAUUCCACCGUCGCCCUCACGGCCUUCGCCGGCUACGCUGACAUGUUGACGCCGUACAUGAACUCUGUUCCUGCUGUCAUCGCCAAAGCCUCAGCCAUUCACAACCCCAUCAUCUACGCCAUCACACACCCGAAGUACAGGGUGGCUCUGGCUAAGUACAUCCCGUGUCUCGGCGUGCUGCUCUGCGUUCACCCUCGCGACCUCCGCUCCACGAGCAGCAGCUUCGUGUCGACGCGUCGCUCCACUCUGACCAGUCAGUCGUCUGACAGCCAGUUCAGACGCCAGAACACCAGCAAGUCCCGCCUCUCCUCCGCCUCCGACAGCGAAUCGGGACUGACCGACACUGAGGCUGAACUGUCCAGUCUGGGCUCCAGACCGGCCAGUCGUCAGGUGUCCUGUGACAUCAGCAGGGACACUGCGGAACUGUCCAACCAUAAACCCUCGUCCAGCUUCAAGUCCAAGAUGAAGAACGACUCGGGCAUUUUUGAAAAGAUGUCCUCUGACACAGAUUACACCGCGACAGGAGUCAGUGAACGCAGCAGCCUCCAUAAUGGCGGAGACUACACAGACGGACACAUGGCGAGGAGCACGAUUGGUCGAAUCCCAAGCAUCGUCGUCACCACCGAGACCAGCCCCUUUCUUCCCAUUGGACGAAAUGGUUCACGCACCCUGCGCAGCAAAACAGGCAACAGCAACAACAACAACAACAACAACAAUAAAUACAAAUACAUGGGGGCGGGUCUGUGUGGGUAGACAGACUCCAGCAGCCAAUCACAUGCAUCUUCCUGGUCAGCUGACGUCCUGUCAGAUAUUUAGAGACAUAGAAUUUAGAGUCAAACUGUCUUUAUACAUCGUAGGAUUAGAAACAGCAAAAACAUUCAGGUUUUAACGAUGAAGUAAUUCACUUAUUAUCACAAAAACACCAACAUCACACGUUGUUUUAAGAGACCUUUUUUUUGGUGGUGUGGGGUUUCAUGAGUCAGUCCUCCCUGACUGUGAUGUGAGCGCCCCCUACUGCUGAGCAUCAGCUCAGGUCUAUGAUAUCUUAAG